CUUCAUGGAAGUCUUCAUGAUACAUUAUUUUAAUUUAAGCGUAAAUUCAUUGUCAGGUAUUUCUUUAUUUUAUAUAAACGAUGGAUUUUGGAAUCAAGUAGCAAUGUGUAGGUUACAUGCAUUAUUACCGUAAUAUACGCCUGCUGAGCGCAGCAGUUCGCUCGGAAAAAAUGGUGCGAGUUUUAAACGUCGCCGAGAAAAACGACGCAGCCAAGUGCUUGGCUGAAGUCUUGUCACGAGGCAGUGUGAGAAAGAGAGAAGGUUUCUCCAGGUUUAACAAAAUUUACGAAUUCGAGUAUGUUUUGAUGGGACAAAAUGUUACCAUGACGAUGACUUCGGUGUCAGGUCACCUUCUGGCACACGAGUUCACAGGACAGUAUAAAAAGUGGUAUGGCUGUAACCCAGUAUCUUUGUUUGAUGCACAGGUCAUCAAAUAUUGUCCAGACAACUACAAAGAUAUCAGACGGACAUUAGAGCGAGAGGCCCGGGGUUGUCAAAAGCUGGUCAUCUGGACUGACGGUGAUAGAGAAGGGGAAAAUAUUGGCUUUGAAAUCAUAGAUGUUUGUAAAGCAGUGAAAGAAAAAAUUCAGGUCUUUCGAGCAAGAUUUUCGGAAAUUACUCCAAGGUCUGUGGAGCAGGCUUGUCGAAACCUUCAGCAACCUGAUCGUAAUGUGAGCGAUGCUGUGGAUGUGCGCUCAGAACUGGAUCUAAGGAUAGGAGCAUCAUUUACACGUUUCCAGACAUUACGCCUACAGAAGAAGUUCCCAGAGUUACUUGCAGAUCAACUGAUCAGUUAUGGAAGCUGCCAGUUUCCAACUCUAGGCUUUGUUGUUGAACGUUAUAAACAGAUCCAGGCUUUUGUGCCAGAACCCUUUUGGAAAAUCAAAGUUUUACAUUGUGUUGAGGAUACACACGUUGAAUUUUCAUGGAAAAGGAACCGAUUGUUUAACGAGCUGGCUUGUUUGGUUCUGUAUGAACAUUGUAUUGAGAACCCCCUUGCUAAAGUAGUGGAUGUAAGAAGUAAAACAAAAAGCAAAUGGAGACCCCAGCCUUUAGAUACUGUGGAACUAGAAAAGUUGGCUUCCAGGAAGUUAAAAAUUAAUGCCAAGGAGACAAUGAAGAUUGCUGAAAAACUGUACACCCAGGGCUAUAUAAGCUAUCCCAGAACAGAAACAAACAUGUUUGCAAAGGACAUACACUUGGCCUCCCUUGUUCAGCUGCAGACAAAUGAUCCCAACUGGGGAGCUUUUGCCGGCCGCGUUUUAGAACAUGGGCCAAACCCUAGAAAUGGGAACAAGACUGAUAAUGCCCAUCCUCCAAUACACCCCAUCAAGUAUGCAGCAAAUUUACAGGGUAAUGAACAGCGUGUAUACGAGUUUGUUGUCCGUCACUUCCUGGCGACCUGUUCCCAGGAUGCUCAAGGACAUGAGACCACAGUGGAAAUAGAUGUGGCUGAGGAGAAGUUUUCAGCCCAAGGGUUAAUGAUAGUGGCACGUAACUACCUGGACGUGUAUCCAUAUGACCGGUGGAAUGCUAAGAUUAUUCCAGUGUACAAUAAAGGGGACUCUUUCCAGCCAAACUCAAUACAGAUAAAUGCAGGAGAAACGUCUGCCCCUCCCUUACUGACUGAAGCAGAUCUUAUUGCCCUUAUGGAAAAACAUGGAAUAGGAACUGAUGCAACUCAUGCUGAACAUAUUGAAACUAUAAAAUCCAGGAUGUAUGUGGGUGUAAGGCCUGAUGGGAAAUUUGUGCCUGGUCAGUUGGGAAUGGGGUUGGUAGAGGGUUAUGAUGCCAUGGGGUACGAAAUGUCCAAGCCACAUCUGAGAGCAGAACUUGAGGCUGAUCUUAAAAGAAUAUGUGAUGGCCAUAAGGAUAAAAAUGUUGUGUUAGCUGAACAAGUACGUAAAUACAAAGAAGUUUUCAUUGAAGCCUCCAGAAAUGCAUUAAAACUUGAUGAGGCUUUGUCACAGUUUCUUGGUGCAGAGGCCCAACCAGUUGUAGAGCAAGAUCAGACUCAAAUGGAAGUGUCCACUGUAAAACCUUGCCCGCAGUGUGGUCAAGAGAUGACUUUACGGUCAAAAAAAGAUGGAAAAGGGUACUACAUUGGUUGUAUGGGCUAUCCUGACUGUAGACAAGCUGUCUGGUUCCCAGAUUUCGUGCUGGAGGCCUCAGUGGAAAACCAGACUUGUAUUGUGUGUCAACCAGGGCCAGUUCAUCUGAUCAAGUUUAAAUUCAAGAGAGGAUCAGUAGCUCCAAUGCUUCCCAAUGAAUAUGUGGGAUGUAUUGGUGGAUGUGACCAAAUGUUGACAGAGACACUGAAUAUUAAACCAUUCAGACCCAGCUCAACUUCACAGUCUGGAACAUCCUCUGUCAGACCAACACAGUCUUCUUCACAGUCAACAUUGAGAACAUCUCAAGGUGUCACCCCUCGAGGCAGUAACCAUGUGGUAAACAAUGGAGGUGUGAGAGAGUUUACAUCAUCAGCCAGCUCAAACUUUGGAGACAGCGGUUAUGGGAACAGUUUUGGCCUGACCCAAAGCCUCUCCUAUUCCUGCAUGGACAUCAGCAACUCCACAUCCUUCAGGACUCCACAGACAGCCCGUGCGAACAUGCCUGGGGGAUCCAGCACCAGUGGACAUAGGGACAAUACCCGUAGCCCCCUGUCUGAAAUGAACGGCUCUCUUAACUCUACACACAACAUGACCUCUGGGGGAAGUCAGAUUGUGUGUAACUGUGGGGAAGAUGCUGUCCUACUGACUGUCCGUAAGGAAGGACCAAACACGGGCAGACAGUUCCACAAAUGUCCUAAACCCAGUGGAUCUGGCUGUUCUUUCUUUCUGUGGGCUGACCAGCGCCCAGAUCAGUCUGCUGCACCAUCAUUCAGUGGACAUUUUAAUGCUGCACCCUCCCAUCGGCAAAGUGGCCCUUCUGGAGAAGGAAACUGUGUAUGUUCCUGUGGACUGGAUGCCAAACUCUUAACUGUACAGAAAGAUGGCGCAAAUAAAGGAAGACAGUUUUAUGUCUGCCCUAAGCCCAGAGAGGAGAGCUGUAAAUUCUUUCAGUGGGCCGAUGGAGAAGGUCACAUAAGAACCAAGUGUCCUCAGAAGGAUAUGUAACUUGUAAAUACUGUUAAUAGUUCUGGAGUUAAGAACAGCUGGAGAAUCCUUGUUCCGGGAUAUACAUGCAGACCUUCAUUUACAGGACAGCUAGUUGUCCAUUGUGUAUUAUACCAGGUGAAAUCUAGAACCAUGUGAUGCCUUGUCGAACAAGACUUGUGCUCUAUUGCUGACAUGUAAUGUGUAUGGUUGUUCACACUGAUUAUCCCCAGCUGAGAUUGAUUUCAUGAAAUUUAUGCUACCGUACGUUAACAAUAAUUUCAGAUGCAUUUUUAGAGAAUGUAUACCAUGAUGCGUUGCAGGGACUGUUGUCUUUAAGUGGUGCAUGCUCUGUGGGGAGCAGGGAAUUACCGGUAGUUGGUCAGUGACCGUAGUUCACAUCUCAGUCACGCCUCAGUGAGCCUCACCAGCUUGGCAA